UUAAAAUAAAAUUCAAAAAUUUUUAAGUCAUUAUACCUACCUCUUGUAACAUCUAUCCUGAGACACACUGUAUAACAAACUCAAAACCUCAUUAUUUUUACUAGUGUAAAACCUUGAUAUAAGUUGCUCUAUUCCGUGUUCAUAGAUAAACUCAGGAUAUUUCCUUACUUUAUCUAGGCUAAACACGCCUAAGGUCGACCGCUGCCAGUAGUCGACCAUCUGCAACUAUAAAUUUAAAAAAUAAAAGAGUAGUAAAAUUUCCUCUUUUAAGACUUGUGUCAAUAAUUAGUUGCCAGUGUCUGUCACCCAAAUUACAAGUAAUUGCGUAAAUAGUGAUGGUAGUACUGCCCUGAUUUGUCAGUUGAGAAGAAUGCAUACUGAGUUGAAGGUUUGAGGUUAUUCAAGUGGUUGGGAUUUAAUUAUUCCGAGCGGUUGGGCUUUGCCGACGUGGUUAACCUUAGUAAUGUGGGGUGCAAGAACUGGUGGUUUACGCGAAUCCGAGUCCAUCCAAUUCGAAAAGGGGCGCCCCAACGUUUUAGAGCCAGAUACAAAAGCAGGCCGAGAAGAAAACGAUAGAGUAACAGAACUAUAUCGAAAAAAAUAUUUAAGUUUACCACCAAAUAGACGAACAAAUUACAUUAAGUACGCCGUAUCAAGCCCAUUUCAAUUCAAUUGGGAUAUCCUUUUAAAUGAAUGGAAUGAAACUACUACAAAUGGAAACAAUUUUUUUGUAUUAAGAGAUAAAACGUUAUUAAAAAUGUUAAAUGAUUCAUUGAAUACCACUAAAAUUCCUGAUGUAGAUUUCGCUCAAUUAUGUCUUGUACCGGUUAAAAUAAUUUUAAAAAAAGGAUGCCCAUCAAGGUAUUCUUUAAUUUGUUUACCUCGCAAUCAAGAUCUACAUAAACCAAAUCAAGAAAUUAAAGAGCCCUUAAAACGGGACGAAAAUCAAAGAAAAAGAAUGAAAUUACGAAAAGAACGUAUCAUUAUGUUGAAAAAAAUGAAAAAACUUAGGAUAAAAGCGAGAAAAAACGGACAAGUUGUAAAACAAGAUGUCGAAGGAAUGUUAAAGCAUAAAGAAUUAAUGGAGAAAUUGUGGAUACCGGAUGUUGUGAAUAUUAGGAAAUCUUGUUCGAGAGAUAUAAUGGGAUUUGUUACAAAGGGUGGAUUUAGUUUUACCGUUGGUAAAACAGUUGGAAUUGGAUAUGUUGUCUUGAAUAGUUUAAAAUCAUUAUUUUCAGUGGAUAAUAAAUUUAAGAAUAAAGUUUUAAUUCGAAAUACUAGUAGUAGGGAAUAUAAAAUAGGACAACUUGAAAUUAUUAUAUAAAAAAUUCUUUAACCCGCCGAGAUGCGCGUAUGUAAUUAUUACUUAAGGGCGCGCACUGGGUAUUUUUUACCUAUUUGAUGUAUAUGGACAAUUAGAGUUAAAUAUACAUAAAUAAAUUGUCA